GAUCCGCUCCGACCACCGUCGGAGAUGAAGACUCGCAUGCCGUCGCCGAAUGACCUAUCCGCCCACAUUUGGGACAUGGGAUUGGCAGGUUUUUCUGCCAGAACUUGGCCUCUCUUCCCGCCGAUCUCCCCAUCACCAUCAUCCCCUGCUUGAGCGAAGUGGACGCAUCCAUCUCCACUUUCACCCUCACAAAACCAUACCUACCCUCGCCCCAAAUUUCCAUUAAAAAACAAGCACGUGACCCGCGAUUCCACUGCUCCCUCUUUAUCUGUCUCUCUGGCCGAUGGAUCCCAUUAUAUCACGAGUUUUAUCGCAAGCUCUACUAGCUGAAUCCUCCCAUUCUAGCUUUCUACUUAACCAUCAAUCUCCACUAACUUUCCACUCUAGUCUCUAUCCGUCUCUCUCGUCCAUGGGUUCAGCUGCCGGCGAAGAGGAGGCGCCACGCCCCCUCCGCGUCUUCUUCAUCCCAUUCUUUGCGACGGGUCACAUGAUCCCCUUGGUCGACAUCGCCCGCCUCUUCGCCUCCCGUGGCGUGGACUCCACCGUACUCCUCACCCCAGCCAACGCCGCCCUCGUCCAGCCCACCAUCGACCGCGCAGCCGCCGCCGGCCUCCCCCUCCGCACCCUCCUCUACCCCUUUCCCUCCGCCGCCGCCGGCCUCCCACCCGGCGUCGAGAACAUCAGCGCCCUCCCCCCCUCCGAGUGCCAUAAGAUCGACGCCGCUUCUCUUCUCACCCGCCCCGACCACGACCGCCUCCUCCGCCUCCACCGCCCGGACGCCGUCGUCGCCGACACCCACUUCCCCUGGACCACCGCCAUCGCCCGCGACCUCGGCGUCCCCCGCCUCUCCUUCCACGCCCUCGGCCUCUUCCCCAUCUGCGUCAUGGGCGCCCUCUUCCGCCACCUCCCCCACCUCUCUGUCGCCGGCGACGACGAACCUUUCCUCGUCCCUGACCUUCCUCACCCCAUCCACAUGGUCCGACGCGAGCUCCCCGACUUCCUCCGCGGCGAGACCCCCAUCACCGCCGCUAUGGACGACCUCCGCGAGGGCGAGUCCGGCAGCCUCGGUGUAGUCGUCAACAGCUUCGCCGAGAUCGAGUCCGCCUACGCCGACCUUUACCUCAAAGCCGACCGCAUGCGGUCCUGGUUCGUGGGCCCCGUUGCGCUUGCGUCCGCCGACGCUGGCGACCUCGCUGCCCGCGGCGGCGACGACCCCUCCGCUGCCGCCAACCGCGAGCGCUGCCUCUCGUGGCUCGACACCAAGGAACCAAACUCGGUGGUGUAUGUUUGCUUCGGGAGCUGGAGCCACUUCUCCUGCGAGCAACUGAAGGAGAUAGCGUUGGCAUUGGAGUUGGCAGGGCACCCGUUUGUUUGGGUGGUGAGGGAGGCCGCCGGCGAGGAGUGGAUGCCGGAGGGGUUCGAGAGACGGGUGGAGGGAAGGGGUCUUGUGAUAAAGGGGUGGGCCCCACAGGUGGCGGUGCUGGGGCACGGGGCGGUGGGAGGGUUCGUGACGCACUGCGGAUGGAACUCGGUUCUCGAAGGGGUGAGCGCGGGGCUGCCCAUGGCUACGUGGCCGCUGUCGACGGAGCAGUUCAUGAACGAGAAGCUGGUGGUGGAGGUGUUAAAGACAGGGGUGAGGGCCGUGGCCGAGGGGCGCCGGCGGAGCACGGCGGUGGAGGAGAAAGGGGUGGUCGAGGCGGCGGAGAUAGGAGCCGCAGUGGGGAGGAUAAUGGGGGGAGGGGAGGACGCGGAGGGGAUGCGGCGGAGGGCAAAGGAGUACGGGGAGAUGGCGCGGGCGGCGGUCAGGGAGGGGGGUUCGUCGUACAAGGGGCUCACCGAUUUGAUCGAGGAGAUUCGUGCAUGGCCCAAGAAGGACGCCGGAUUGGUCCCGUGAUUUGGAUUCGUGGGUAAUUAAUAAUAAGCACUGGAAAAAUGCUCCUCGUCUUUUAUGACAAGUGGCUGUGUUAUUUCUGUGUGUCAGAUUCCCUCCUUUCAGCCUCCAAGAUCGUCUCUCUCUUCUCGAUGUGAAAUCUCAUCAAUAAGUUUGCGGUUUUACCAACAUCAAACGUGGACCAGCUGAGCCAUGGGCUAUGAAUCAAGCCGCUCGCGAGCAACCCGGUUGAGAAACUAGCGAAUCUAAAGCCCCAUUUCAUUACGUCAAUGCUCAACUGGUCAACUAGUCCACUCCAAACUCCUUGGAUUUGCUUUAAUAAGUAGAACCCAGGCUUGGAUCGAUAGCAAAGACUAGCUAGCUCAAGCUCACUUGUAAGGAAAUGAAUCAAGGUUGAAUAUUGAUAGUUAAGCUUGGCUAGAGCUCCACCCAAAAUAAAAUAUUCCUUUCUUGCCAAGCCAAGCUCUAGCAGAUCAAAACUGAGCUAGGCUCAUUUGCAACAAUAGUAGAUAGUCUGAUUAUGCUU